GUUUUAAUGAAUGAAACUGGUUUAAUUUAAUGUAAACAAAAAAUAAAAGACUCAUCAACAGCUUGUGUUUUGAAUUAAAUUCAAGAUAAAAAUGAAUGAAAUAAACUCCAACGUACCGGAGCCUAAAAAAGUAGGCGUUUGGGCUGAAGGCACACACAUCGAAGCGAAAGAGUUCGUUAUACCUAAGAAGUCGCCAGAUUCUAGUGAUGAUAUACCGACAAUACCAGACCUGGAUGAUUUGCAAGACAUCUUGGAAAAAGAAAUAACUACACCACCUGUCUCUGAUCAGAAAGACACGGAAACGGUGAACACUCUUUCUGAGGUUGGAGGUGGAAUAUCAGGAGCUGCAGGGAGCAUCGAAGCUGUAUUAGAAGUACUCAACUCUUACAUACCUCAGGAGGAGAUGGACUCCGCGGACACCGUGUGGACUGUGGACUCCUUGCUCCAGGAAUUGGCUGAAGAAAGUCAGGAAUAGGUUGGUAUUGGGGUGCACAGAAUGAUGAUGUUUAAUGGCUUGUAAAGAAACCUUUAUUAAUCACCAAUCAUGUGAUAGGUAUUGGGACAAAAAUGAAAUGGUUUAGAACAUCUAGUAUUACUUAGUUUGUAACAAACAUACAAACAUUAUGUAACAUUAGUUUCCUACUAUAGUAAUUCUUUUCAUGAUAUUGCAUGUUGUAAUGUCACAUAGUUACUUCUGUUUAACUGGAAAAAUACUGAAGUUAAAAUUAAUUCAUUUAAAGAGAUUCAAAUUGUUUAUAUUACGAACAUAGGUCAAGUGUGAUGCUACAGUAGCUUAAAAUAUUUACAUUUAAUAAGAUAUAGAAUUAACAAACAAAGCAACAAUUUUAUUUUAUAUUUUAAAUGGGGAAGGUAAGAGACCUUCCCAAGCUCAAGGAAUUUUGUGAAGGAAAUAAUGAUUUGAAAUGAAAAAAGAAACAAAAAAAUAAUGUCAUAGUUUUAUUUGUAAAAACUUUUAUUUGUAAUAUUACUAUUAUUAAAUACUGUGCUAUGAUAACAGUUAUUGUAACAAAUUCUCCGUCCAAUUCUUAUUUAUACAUAGACUAAGGAAUGAUUGUUCUCACUUAUUAGUAAAAAAAUAAAUAAUUACAAUUUGAAAA